AUGGACGGUUUAUCAAACCAGGGCUUGGGUCGCGCGAACAGCGACCAGAACGUCGAGAGUAACGAAAACAUCGACCUUGGCAAUCUCCCACGACUGAAUGACCUUACCGACUGGGAGUUGGAACAGCUAGAGGAGCAGCAGCGUCGCGGAAGCAGUCUCCAAGUAGCGACCUGGCUCCAUCAUCAACCAAACUCUCAGCCAUCACAGAAUACCUUCAUCACUUCCCAAUCUCUACCUCAACGCCAACUUGAUAACUACAGAGUUAUUGGCCGUGUCGAUGAUGUGCUUCAAAGAGGCCGCAGGCCAUCAACUCAGGCAAUUGGUACGCCCAGUACCACGGGCCCGGGCAGUCGGUUCUUCACCCCGACGAACAAUGUUACAUCCAUAGAUGAGCGUUUGAUGCAGAGACCUAGGCCUUCAUCACAAUCUUUUCUGCCAUUUGGUACCCCUUCCGACAGGCAAAUAAGAUACACCGACAAUGGUAAUCAUGAUGAAGGAAGACCUCCGGGUUUAGCAACGCCCCAAGGUUCUUCUGCUGCCACUACCAUAUCUGGACCGCAUACGCGUGGUACUUAUAAGCAACCAAGUGGUUCGAUACCUCAGCAGAUAGCUUUGUCGGUAACUGGCACAGACACAUCUUCAGGCUCAAAGAAGGUGCCUAAGCGCCAAAACAGUCGCUCAACCGACGAUGAAGCGAAUGGCAAAUAUCAACUCGCAAAGCGAUACAGGUCUGGACACAAGAACCAAUUGGUACACUGUACAUCUACAGCAUCAUCUGGUCCUUCCAGACUCCCCCAGCAAGGCACAAGUGUGCCACUGCAAACGAUUGAGGAUACACAAGAGUCUCAACGGCAAACUCGAAAUAUCCAACCAUUAUCAGCUUCCAGUGGCUCAAAUUCAUCCAAUGUUCGGAAAAGCGGUCCAGUACAUGGGCGCCCAAACAAUCUGGUCCUGCCCGAAGAUUUCAUAGGCGCUUGCGAGACCUGUUUCUUCUGGCUAUUCGACCCAAAGCGCUUGUCAUCUCCUGAAAGGCAUGCCUGCUCAGGCCGCAAGGAUGAAAUAUCACACAUCGUCACCCACGCCGCCGAUCAUCAUGGUCUUGUUCGUGGAAGAGAUCCAUACUAUACUGCUCGUAAAUACCUAACAAGUUGUCAAACCUUCGACCCUUUCAUCAAAGCGAAAGGAAACUGUGGAAAAUGCGACUCAUUGCACGAGUGGCAGGGACAAGAUUUCUCAGAUCAAGAACAUUACGGCAAGGCCCUCUGCUUACGAUGCUGGCGCACGUUUGAUAAGAAAGGCAUGCAAGAUCAUAUGGCUGAACCGUUAUGUGAUUACAAUGCGGAGCAGCCAAAGGAGAAGAAGGUCUACAUUCUAUACACCACCUUCUGUUCAGUUACCGUAAAGCCCAGCGGCCCCCCUAAAAACAUGCCACCGCGCAAGUCGAACCAUCGAAGCGUGGCAAACAAGUACAGUCGCACCAACCAGAGACAGCAAAGCAACAACAACCAGACACAGCGCCGACCUGCCACGGAACAGCCCACUCGCGAUCUUCGUCCGGCUGUAUCAAAAGCACCCCAUGGACAGGGCAAAGUAAAAGCUCCUUUAACAUCCACACUCUCUCCAGCGACCCAAGACCGGCCACGGGCAGAGAGGCCCAACCAGUUUCCUCAGCAGGCUACGAGAAACCCACCUAAUCUACAGGCGGCGCCACCACACCUUUCAUCAUGGCAGCAACAAAGUGCCCAGCAGCCUGCCCAACCACCAAUUGCCCUGAUGAUAUAUAAUACCCCACCAGAGCUUGUCGCAGGUGUGGUGAAGACCAUGCAAAGAAACGGGAUUCAGGAGGUCACUCAAUCUCCCUACUCGCCAGUGAGCCAAGCAACUUCCUUUGGAGGUCUGCAAGGUGGAUCUCCCGGUUACAGCUUUCAGUCGCAACAAGCACAUCCACAACCUCAGGCCCAGACACAAACACAGAGCGUGUUUCCCCCUUCUUACCCCUACUCGAAUUGGCAGCCAUCAUUCCAACAAACUCCUUCGCAGGCAUUCUCGCAGGACCCCUCUCAAGAUGGCGAUUUAACCCGGCUUCAACCUGCAUCUACCCAAAACAACUUGUCACAACAGUCUUUUGAUCCAUUCUUGAUGCACAAAACGGCUACGAGCGAUCGCCAAGGAUCACGCAUGCAAGCACCAGCAAGUAUGAAUUCGCCUAUGUAUAAUGAUGGAAAUAAAAUGCUCUUGGGGGCGUGUUUCGAUGCUGCAACUGCAGACCCGAAUUUGUUCCAGGACAUGACAACGCCAUUUUACGAUAGAGAUGCGAUAGUGUCACUAUCUGAUAUAGUGUCCCAGGUUCAGUCCACUGCUUCAAGGGUGCCAUCUACCGCUGGCGAAUCCAUGGGGCUCAUGCAACGGUCACCCAAGGUCGAGGAGAAACUGUGGCUAGAUGGGCCGUAUGAUGAUCUCAAUAACAUGAACUUUGACCACAUGGGGUCUAACCCCGAGCUUCGAGUCACUGUCGAGAUGGUAGAGCCUCAAUUCCAUCAUCAGCCAGAAGAAAAGAUUCAGAAUCUGAAGCCCGAAGGUCAAAUAUCGUCCUUGCUCCGCAGUGCUCUUGAGCAAGAUUCAGGCUACAGCACCCAAUCAGGGAUAUUCGAUGGGGACCCCAACACCAUGUUCAAAUGA